AUGCAGAUGGUACUGAUAAUCUCGCUGCCCCUCGUGGCGCUGGUGGUGAUCAUCGCCAUCAUCCUCUGCAUCGUCUGCCCAGAGUGUGAUCGCCGCGUCUGUCUUCCGUUUGCGCUCACCCCUGGUUGUCCGUCCAACCAGACGCGCGCACGUGGCGCACCGUCCACCGAACGCAGACGUCUCUCUGACAUCUGGGCCCGGGCGUGGCGCCGGAGUCCUCGGUCCACACUCGCGAGCCACACGUCACGCGUUUUUCCGCUGCUACUUUCUUCCUUUCUUCUCCACUCCACUCUUCUCUGCCUGAUUAGCGAUUAUUUCAGCCCACGCACGGGCACCAACACCACUUGCCCCAUCGCCAAGCUCCACUGCUCCGCUCCGCUCCUCCCCUCCGUCUCCCUCCCAAGCCCCUCGUCUCCGACAGAUCAAGGAGGCCAGGAGCAGCAACAAGAUCAGCAGCUCGAUUGGGCAGGCAAGCGGCGGAUGGAGUUCGUGCUGAUCAUAUCCCUGCCGCUCCUCAUCCUGAUCCUCAUCAUCGCGGUCGUCCUCUGCAUCGUCUGCCGCUAGCCCGCUAGCCACAUGCCGACGCCAAAGCACUCGUCUCUGCUCGGUCCGCUGUGACUGUGGUCGCACCAUAUGUUGUGUUAAUCAAUCCAAUAUUACAUCAUGACUCGACAUAGAAAAGUAAAGAAAAAAGCUCCUCUCCACCACCAUUUCUAUUUUUCUGUUCUGUCACUGUGGUGUGAUUAGCUGGCUAUAGCUUUAUUGGCUUUCCUGAUGGCAACAAAAGCAUCGAUCCCAUGUGUCGAUACGCAAUGCAUAUGAUAUAUGUGGCUGUAAAAAAAGAAGAACAAAUUCCGUUCCUGCUCUGAUUGAUUCGGGGAGGUUGAAUACCUAAAAGUGCCAUCUUCUUUUUACUA